CUCACUGCGGCUCUGGUCUUCGUGAGGGAUAAACUUGGGAAUUGGUGGAUUUUCCGGAUUCCAAACUGCCUUUUCCUCCACAAGUUUACAAGAUCCACCAACAGAAUGACCUUCACAUGUGACCAGUGUGGAAAGAUGUGGCCAAGUGCUUCCAAACUGAAAGAACACUACAGGAUCCACACAGGAGAGAAACCAUACAAGACUGAUCAGCGUGGGACGGGAUUUAGAGAGUCUGGUGGCCUCAACAAACAUAUGAGAAUCCACACAGGAGAGAGGCCAUACAAGUGUGACCAGUGUGGGAAGGGAUUUAAAUGCCACACUGGCCUCAAUCGACAUAUGAGAGGCCACACAGGACAGAGGCCAUACAAGUGUGACCAGUGUGAGAAGACCUUUUCACAAUCAAGCCACCUACUAUCACAUCUGAGAAUCCACACAGGGGAAAAACCAUUUGAAUGUGACCAGUGUGGAAAGAAAUUUAGAGAGUCUGGUGGUCUUGAUUUACAUAUGAGAAUCCACACAGGAGAGAAACCAUUUGAAUGCGACCAGUGUGGGACAAGAUUUAGAUAUUCCAGUGGUCUCCGUCAACAUAUGAGAAUCCACACAGGAGAGAGGCCAUACAAGUGUGAUUUAUGUGAGAAGACAUUUUCACAUUCAUGCACUCUAGUGUCACACGUGAGACUCCACACAGGGGAAAAACCACAUAAGUGUGAUGUUUGCGGGAAGACUUUUGUAGUGUCAAGCCACCUAAUAUCACAUAUGAGAAUCCACACAGGAGAGAGGCCAUACGAGUGUGACCAGUGUGGGAAGGGAUUUAGACAGUCUAGUGCUCUCGAAAUACAUAUGAGAAUCCACACAGGGGAAAAACCGUACAAGUGUGAUGUUUGUGGGAAGACUUUUUCAUUGUCAGGCCACCUAAAAUCACAUAUGAGAAUCCACACAGGAGAGAGGCCGUACAAGUGUGAUCUGUGUGAGAAGACCUUUUCACACUCGAACAGCCGACUAUCACAUGUGAGAAUCCACACAAGGAGCAAACCAUUUGAAUGUGACCAGUGUGGGAAGAGAUUUAGAAAAUCUAGUAGCCGUCGUGAACAUAUGAAAACCCACACAGGAGAAAAACCAUACAGAUGUGAUGUUUGUGAGAAGACAUUUUCACAGUCAAGCCACCUAUUAUCACAUAUGAGAAUCCACACAGGAGAGAGGCCGUACAUGUGUGAUCUGUGUGGGAAAACUUUCUCUGUAUCAUCCACUCUCUAUUCACACAUGAGAACUCACUCCCGGGACAGACUAUAUGAGUGUGACCAGUGUGGAAAGGCUUUUAGAACAUCCCAGGAGCUCUCCAGUCACCAUCGAAUGCACACAGGAGACGAACCAGACAACUGUGAACAAAGAGGGAAGGCUUUCGGGUCUCUGAGGAACCGUCUGAAACAUGUCCAAACGUUCCAGAGUGAAGAGAAAAGUUGCAGCUCUGACCAGUGUGGGAUGACUUUGAGGCAAGCUGCUAAACCGAAGUUGCACCCUCUGGAACCCACUAAAGGAGAUAGAGCUGCUGAGGUCAGAUCAAGUGAGUCUAAAGUCAGACUCAAACAGCUGGAGAUCAGGCUUCAGAGACUCUGGACUGAGGACAUGAGCUCUGCACAGUGUCACAAAUUAAAAGCUUAAAAUGAGAGAACAAGCAGAACGUAUUGGCAACCACACCUCAAGCUUCAUCACUAAGCACCAACCGACCGCUUACAGCACUGACCACAUACAGGACCGACCGACCGCCUACAGGACAGAUUGCCUGGUGAAGUUUUAUACGUAGUAUCAAUUUUUGACACUUGCCAAAGUAAAGUUCCAUGAGAAAUUUUAUGAAGUUCUCUUGAUAUUUACUGGGUCCAUCAAGCCUCUGAAGGUUAGUGCCUGCAGAAGCCUUAAAUGUGAGCUGAAAAAUCUGUUAUUCUUUAAUAACAUAAAAAAGAAUUAAUUUAGCCCAAUAGUAUCAAUGGAAGUUGAAUAGAAAUAGCCAGAGCCUUAUGGACGCUCUUAGGCUGGAAUUUAAGAGACUUAAUGGACCGAAUAGAUUUUAUUCAACUGAGCAAAUAUUCCACAAAUUUUCUUUUAUUUGGUGUUGUCACAUUUUAAAAUUGGGUACAAGUUGAAUUUCUGACAUUGCAAAUGAUGCACCCAAACCACCAGGCUCUGGGACGAUAAACUUUUCGAAGUUGAAUUUAAUGAUAUGUAAGGAUUUUUUUAAUUAGAGGUUUUAGCUGAAGUUUGUUCAUCUUAUUCUUCAUUGUUUUGUUUUUCACUUUGAGCUUUUAGCCCUGCUUCACUGCACUUUCCUAAUCUGAGACAAACCUGAAAAUGCAUUUUGUCUUUUUAUUCUGUUUUGACUCUUGUUAGCAGCCCACAGAUGUUUAUUCUUUUCAUGGCUCCUGUGAUUAAAAAAAGUGAAGUUAAAUAUUAGAAUUGGAAAAUAAAAUCUGUUUUUAGAUCA